CUAUACCAGCCGCAAGCAACACGCCCCCCCUUCACUAUGUCGCAGAGUGCCUGUGCCUUGUCUGGUGAGCAUAUGAGAGCCACCUUGCGGUUUUCCGUUCAUUCGCCCGACAUCACUCGUUGAUACUGAAGCCCAGCUUUCGUUUUGCCGUUCAUUCGCCACGUACUUGACUCCUGCGCAGUUGCUUGCCGUUACUCCAGCUGUUCACUCCGUGUUCCCGUCCCCGAAGAUGCCCUUCAACACGGAGCUGACCCGCCGUCUCGGCAUCACGGUCCCUGUUGUGCAGGGCGGAAUGCAGCAUGUGGGAACUGCUGAGAUGGCGAGCGCCGUGUCCAACGCGGGCGGUCUGGGCAUCAUCACGGCACUUAUCUGGCCGGAACCGGAGGGCCUCCGCCAGGAGAUCCGCAAAUGCAGAAAGCUGACGAGCAAGCCAUUCGGCGUCAAUAUAACCUUGCUCCCGGCGCUUGUCCCGCCCGACUAUGGCGCCUAUGCCCAGGUUGUCAUUGAUGAGGGCGUCAAGAUCGUCGAGACGGCGGGCAACUCGCCUGGGCCGGUCAUCUCCAAGCUCAAGAAGGCUGGAUGCAUCAUCCUCCACAAGUGCACCACGAUCAGGCACGCUCAGUCCGCUGUGAAGCUUGGUGUUGAUUUUUUGAGCAUCGACGGGUUUGAGUGUGCUGGACAUGUCGGCGAAUCGGACAUCACGAACUUUAUCCUCCUCAGCAAGGCGCGGCAAACGCUCAAGGUGCCCUUCAUUGCCUCGGGCGGCUUCGCCGACGGCCAGGGUCUCGCGGCAGCGCUAUGCCUGGGAGCCUGCGGCAUCAACAUGGGAACGCGAUUCCUCUGCACGGUCGAGAGCCCGAUUCACCACAACAUCAAAGAGCAGAUCGUCAAGGCGGAGGAGACCGACACGGCGCUGGUGCUGCGGCGCUGGCGCAACACCACUCGCCUGUACCGCAACAAGGUUACGGAGCAGGCGCUGAAGGUCGAGCAGGAGAGCAAAACAGGGGAAUUCUCCGAGAUUGCGCCGUAUGUUAGCGGUAAGCGCGGACGUGAGGUUUUCAUCAACGGCGACCCCGAGUACGGUGUUUGGACCGCCGGGCAGGUCAUUGGUCUGAUCCAUGAUAUCCCCACGUGCAAAGAGCUGGUGGCAAGGAUUGAGAAGGAGGCUGAGGAGACACUAAGGGAGAGGCUCGGCCUAUUUACUCCUUCUUCAAAGCUAUAGUCUUCCUGACGGGUGAGGAUUAAGGGGAAAGUAGCAGGGCCCUUUCUGUCUGCGAGCGAGUACAUUAGAACGUUGACUCGGAGGGUCUCAGUUGAGGCCUUCCCCAGAUUCCAACGUGGUAGUAGUAUAGAACAACCAUCUUGACGA